AGCUGCUGCCCAAACAAAAGAUGGCUCGAUGAGGACAUCCCGUCCACCCCCGAGCUCCUAUUAAUCUCUCGGGCUGGUGGCCUCCCUCUGGCCUUUGGCGGAAGGUGGGGCUUCCUAUUCAGCUCCGGGUGAAAGUGCCGUGUGUGUGUCGGAAAACGACCGAGGGCUUGACUCGGGAACGUCUCUGUCCGAGAGCCAGAAAACCAGCUGCGCUCGUGGGCGCGCACGCACAGGAAGAGAGUAAAAGCGGCCGCCGCCGAGGAGGAAGAGAAGAGGAGGUUGCUCGCCAGGAGGCAGGAGCCGUCGGCUGGAGGGGAAUGGAGGCGGAGAUGGACGAGAAUGAAUGGCGGUAUCACGGCGAAGGCAACAAGAGCCUCGUCGUCUCCCACAGGCAGCGUUGUGUGGUGCUACGCUUCUUGAAGUUUCCUCCAAACAGAAACAAGACACCAGAAGAAAUUUUUCAUCAUCUUCAGAAUAUAGUGUACUUUGGGAAACACAUCAUGAAGCAUUUUUUUGGGGAGAAGUAUGUUCACCACGGGGAAGUUGUACAGCUACCUUUCAACUUUGUAAAACAACUUUGUUUAAAGAUCCAGUCAGAGAGACCAGAGUCUCGCUGUAAUAAAGAGAUGGAUGCCCUCAGUGGUUAUGCUUUGUGCCUUCCUAACCUGACUAAGCUCCAUUUUGUUGAACAUCGACCAAUGCUUUGUGUAGAGAUUAAGCCCAAAUGUGGGUUUCUCCCUUUCUCCAGCCAUAUUUCACAAGAAAUAAAACACAAAGUGUGUCGUUACUGCAUGCAUCAACAUCUAAAGGUAGCAAAAGGAAAAUGGAAACAAUUAAGUAAAUAUUGUCCUCUAGAUCUCUUCUCAGGAAAUAAACAACGAAUGCACUUUGCCUUGAAAAGUCUGUUACAGGAGGCACAGAAUAACUUAAAAAUAUUUAAGAAUGGUGAACUAAUUUAUGGUUGCAAAGAUAAUGAUGACACUUUCUCGGAUUUGAAUGAACUUGCUCAUCAUCUGAAGCCUUUUUUCUUCCCAUCAAAUGGCCUGGUCAGUGGGCCCCACUGCACAAGGACAGUUCUAAAAGAAUUGAUUCAUGUGAUAACAACAGUUUUACUAAGUACCACAGAAGCUUGUAAAGCAGGUGAUAUGAAGACAGUUCCCUCCUCACAAGGAAGGAGUUACUGUGAAGCAAGUGCUUUUAGUAAAGAGCUAGUAAAAAAUGGUAAAAAUAAAACGGAGAGUGGCUUACCAAAGGGAUGUGUCCUCUACAAAACGCUUCAAGUUCAGAUGCUGGAUAUGCUAGAUAUUGAGGGUGUUUAUCCUUUACACAACAGAGUAGAACAAUACUUGGAAGAGUUUCCCAAGGAGCGGAAUAUGUUACAGAUAGAUGGGCCAUAUGAUGAAUUGUUUUAUGAGAAGCUACUGGAUUUGUCAUGUGAAGAUGACGGGACAGUAGGAUACGCAUUGAGAAAGGUUCAGCAAUACAGAGUUGCAAUGACAGCAAAGGACUGCUCGAUCAUGAUUGCCCUUUCACCUUGCCAACAGGAUGAAUGCUCCGAGCAGAGGCCAGUGGUUCUAACUUCUAAAUCAAGAUUUAUCUUUUCACUCUCCGUCUUGGACCUGGACCUUAAGCCAUAUGAAAGCAUUCACCAUCAGUACAGACUUGACGAGAAGAUAGUAAACUACUAUUUGAAGAACACACAGGCCAAAGAUGACUCGCUGAUGUCAAAUCUCUUGAAAGAAAAUGAAGACUGCACACUAGUUCUCCAUAAAAUGUAACUGGGUAAAUAUUUAUUAAAUGUAGAGAUAGGGGAGAAUUAAAUUAUAUCCGUUUAGUGGGUUUUUUUUUCCAGUUGUGCUUUAAAUCUAGAUGCCUUUCAGACACAUGGAAUACCACUCAAACCAACCUGAAGGAAUGAAUUUAUUGUAAAAAGAGAGAGACAUGCAUAUUUUGCAACAAUUAGCAAACUGCUUGCUGUGAAAGUAGUAGGUUCAAAGCAAUCUAUUACCCUAUGAAGCUUAGAAACGAAUGUUUUCAACUUAAUUUUCAGUGCAGGGAGCCACCAUUCCAAUGAGGCAUACAGAUGCAUUUCUGUGAAGAAUAUAUGACUUGUUGAAAAUAAAAAAUUAAAAUAGGCAGAUGAAUUCACAUUUCAGAUCACUGUUGAAACUAUAUGUGGCACACAAGUGCUGUUGUCUGGUAGUUUCCAUAUGAACAGAACUGAAUUUUUCAUCAUCUUGUGAGAAGAUUCUAAAUAUUGGCUGCUGUUGAAACAAUGGUCGUUUUCAGAUUUGAAUUGAAGUAAUGCAAGCAGACUUACAAAACAAAAUAAACUUACCUAGGUCAUAGGGAAAAAUUACCUUACUUCAAUUGUGUCCGCUUAAAACUGUCAAAACAAGCUCUUCCUUAACUAGGAGCUACUUUGAGAGAUUCUAUAGAACAAUUUAAUUGCAAGCAAGUUUUUCUAACAGCCCAAUCUGAGCACAAUUGUUCUCAUCUGUUUUCUCAAGUAAUGAUUAAUUUCUUUAAAAAUAGUUAAUCCGUGUGCCUCUUUGGUGUUAAGAUGCCUUCCAAUAAAGUAAAUCACUCUAAUGCUUAAAGGCUUAAACGUCUGGCUUUAAUUUUUUUCUUCUCCUAAAUUGUAGAUUUUAUUUUUCUUUUCAUAUUUUGCUGAGUUCUUUAAGCAUUAAAAAACACAGCAGUUUGAUUUUCCUGGGUUUGCAGAGAAAUUAUCUCUGUUUCUAUGGAUCUUAAUUAUCCUCAGCAAAGGGUCAUUUUGUCUGAAAGUACCUGUGCCUAACUUGUUACUGCCUUUUGUACCAAAAUAGGAAACAAUGGAAAGAUACAUUAGGUUGGGCAGAAUGCUGGGCUCAGCCUUUCCUCCCUGUCUUUACCCACCACAAUGGGUUUGACUUCUGCAGGAGUAGGAAAGCCACUGUUUUUGUAUCAGCUGGGUGAUGUAGAGUCUGGAAUCAGAACUUUGGAAGUGCUGAUCUCUUCUUACUGCAGAACAACAGGAGAAAAUGGCAUAAGGGUUUUUUUUAGUGGCAAGCCACUAUGUAAACCUUACUGCAAGUGAGUGAGAGCCUCUUCUGUGUACAAGCUGUGGGAAACUUCAGAUUAAUGCUACUUCAGCCAUUCACAUAGCAAAAUGGUGUGAAGCCAAAGGUGAGUUGUACUGAUGGGAUGGCACUUCUGCUCACGCAAGGCAGGCUCCCCAUUUCUUGCCCUUCAGGUGCUACAGUGUCAUGCUGUUGCAAGAGAGUCCUUUGGCCCUCAGUAAUGGCUUUUGGGGAGCAGGAGCCCGGAAAUUCUCACUGAGAGAAUGGAGUUCUGCUUGUGCUUCUCUAAAUCCAUCCUAGCUAUGGCCAUUUAGAAGCACUUUCUUAGGUUCUGACCACCUUUUUCUUGUCAUAAAUAAUAGGAUUUUCCUAUACUUCUGAAAGUAUUUAUCCCUAUGACUAAUAUUUUCUUGCUAUACCAAUUAAGCUGCUACAGUAAUCUUAACUGUAAUGGUAAGAUUAUGAAACUUCAUUGCUCUGAAAUAUUUUCUCGUGGAUACCACAGAAUUCCUAGUUUUGCGAGUAUCUUCAGUGACUCGUACCCAUUCUGCCAUUAAUUCUGAAACCAACCCCGCCCCCUUUGGUAUCCAUCUGGCUUAGUUACAAGAUUUUUGUCAUACUGACAAAAAUUAUAUUAUAGUUUGUCAGAUAUUCCAAAUAUUAGUUCUGGCAUAAAACUUAACCUUCCUUGUUUACAUUAUGACUUAAGAGUCUAGUAAACCUGCCAUGCCCGAUGACUGGUUAUACAAAUUCUGAAGUAUAUUAUUGGGGAAGCUUCUGUGGUGUUAAGAGUUAAUCUUACUGAAAUAUUAAAACUUCUGGCCUGUUCACCAUUAAGAAAGAAAGCUUGCCAGCUCUAUAUAUCCAUAAGUAACAAACAAAACAAGGAAUUAGAAGAAAUAGCUGUAGAGCAAUGUGCAUUUGAGUUUUCAUACUAUUAAAUUCAUUUAAUCAAAGAGGGCAAAUUAAGUAUUUAUAUUGUAUAUUUAGGGUGACAAGUGAGUUAAAAUGCUGCUAAAAGUACUCAGUUUGGGGCUUGAAGACUGAUUACAAAACACUUGUAGGAAACACUUACAAAUUUUGCUUUUCGAGGAGACUGUUUCAAACAACAGCAAGAACUGUAGCUAAUUUAACAGUGUUGCAUUAAAAGUUGUUAUCAAAACUGAAGGUUGCAAGAAAACAGUUUGAAAAAAUAAAA